UGGUAGUUUCAUGGUCGUCGUGGUCGUCGUCAUUAGUCACAUAAGACAAUAGAUCGCGUAAGUCUGUGGUACAUUUGAUCGAAAGCCUUGUGGCCAGUCACUUGUGAUCCGAGAUAUCCGAUUCGGGCAACUUAAUUAAGUAUGAAAACGUGUCAAGAAGGACGAUCAGUGUAAUAGAAAUAUAAUCGACUAACAAACAACGAAAAUAAUAAAGAAGUAAAUGUAUCAUUAUGGAGGAUCAAGCCGUGAAUCAAUUUUGUGGCUCCAAGUUCUGGGAUAAUGAUUUAGCAUGGAAUACAGAGGAUCCAGAUAUCCCAGAAUGUUUUCAGAAAACGAUAUUAAUAUGGGUACCAUGUGCAUUUCUGUGGAUGUUUUCUGCAAUUGAAGUGUAUUACCUUAUGAAUAGCAAGAAGAAAGAUAUUCCGUGCACAUGGUUAUAUAUUUCUAAACAAGUACUUAUAGUAGCAUUGAUUGUACUUAGUAUCAUUGACUUAGGGCAGACUAUACACAAAAAUUCUUAUGAAACAGUUUAUGCUGUUGAUUAUUGUACACCAUUUGUGAAAAUCAUUUCCUUUAUUCUAGCAUCCACUUUAGUGAUAUAUAAUAGGAAACGUGGAAUGAGAACCUCUGGACUGUUAUUUUUGUUUUGGUUUCUUUUGGUAGUUUGUGGAAUUGUUCAGUAUAGAAGUUUAUUAAGGAUGUACAUCAAUGAGGGAACAGCUACCUAUUCAUUUUUGUCAUACAUGAUAUAUUAUCCAAUGGUUGUAAUUCUGUUCUUGUUGAAUUUUCUGGCUGAUGCAGAACCUAAAUAUUCUGAAUACCCAAAGGGGGAGAAACCAUGCCCAGAACAAAGCUCUUCUUUUCCAGCAAAAAUAUUUUUCACAUGGUUCGAGCCAAUGGCAUGGAAAGGGUUUAGAAAACCUUUGGAAACUACAGACUUGUGGUCUAUGAACACGGAAGAUAGUGCUACAGAAAUUGUACCAAAAUUUGAUAAAUAUUGGAACAAGAAUGCACCCAAAAAUGACAACGUACAAGACACUAAGGCGUCAUUUAGAAAGUCUUCUGGGCAAGUAGAUUUCAAUAGUGGCCAUAAGAGGAAGGUGUCAUCAGUUUUACCGCCUCUUUGUAAAGCUUUCGGUGCUACAUUUUUAUUCGCAGCCGCACUUAAAUUUGUCCAAGACAUUAUGACUUUCGCCAGCCCGCAAAUAUUGAAACUACUCAUUCGUUUUAUUGAGGAACGCGAAUCAAUGUGGAAGGGCUAUUUGUUAGCAGUUUCACUCCUAGUUACAGCCAUAUUUCAAACAUUAAUUUUGUCUCAGUACUUUCACCGCAUGUUCUUAGUUGGAUUACGUGUACGUACUGCAUUAACAGCUGCAAUUUAUCGAAAGGCAUUAAGAAUGUCGAAUUCUGCCAGAAAAGAGUCGACACUCGGCGAAAUAGUAAACUUAAUGUCCGUGGACGCACAGAGAUUCAUGGAUUUAACAGCGUACAUAAAUAUGAUUUGGUCUGCGCCUCUGCAAAUCGUUUUAGCCUUAUAUUUUUUGUGGGAACAACUCGGGCCAGCAGUACUCGCUGGUUUAGCUGUUCUACUUAUUCUUAUUCCAGUAAAUUUAUUAAUCACAAAUAGACUAAAAACGUUGCAAAUCAGACAAAUGAAAAACAAAGACCAGAGAGUUAAAUUAAUGAGUGAAGUUCUUAAUGGCAUAAAAGUGUUAAAGUUGUACGCAUGGGAACCUUCGUUUGAAGAGCAAAUACUGAAGAUACGUACGAAAGAGAUCAAAGUGCUAAAAGAAGCAGCAUACCAUAAUUCUGCGACAAGUUUCAUCUGGUCUUUCGCUCCGUUUUUAGUGUCAUUAGUAUCCUUCGCAACGUAUGUACUUAUCGAUGAGAAUAACCAUUUAAAUAGUACUGUUGCUUUCGUUUCGCUCAGUCUGUUUAACAUCUUGAGGUUUCCUCUUUCUAUAUUACCUAUGAUGAUUGGUAACAUGGUUCAGGCCUGGGUUUCUGUGAAACGUAUUAACAAAUUCAUGAAUUCGGAAGAAUUGGAUCCCAGUAACGUUCAACACGAUCCAUCCGAGUCACAUCUCCUACAUAUCGAGAAUGGUAGUUUCACGUGGGAUACAGAGAAUGUUGAUAAACCGACGUUACGAAAUAUCAAUCUACAAGUAAAUCCAGGACAAUUGGUGGCUGUUGUCGGUACAGUGGGAUCUGGUAAAAGUUCUCUUAUAUCAGCGCUUCUAGGAGAAAUGGACAAAAUAAGUGGCAGAGUGAACACUAUGGGUUCGAUUGCAUAUGUGUCCCAACAAGCAUGGAUACAAAACGCAUCGUUGCAAGAAAAUGUUUUGUUUGGAAAGCCACUGCAUAAGAGUUCGUACAAUCGUAUAAUCGAAGCAUGUGCAUUGAAUCCAGACUUGAAAGUAUUGCCUGCUGGUGAUCAGACUGAAAUUGGAGAGAAGGGUAUAAAUUUGUCUGGCGGGCAAAAGCAAAGAGUGGCAUUAGCAAGGGCAGUAUACUAUGAUUCUGACAUUUACUUCCUGGACGAUCCUUUAAGCGCGGUAGAUUCACACGUUGGAAAGCACAUCUUUGAAAAUGUGAUAGGUAACAGUGGUCUGCUCAAGAAGAAGACAAGGUUACUUGUUACGCAUGGCAUCACCUUCUUACCGGAGGUUGACAAUAUAAUCGUUCUGAAAGAUGGCGAGAUAACAGAAGUCGGAAGUUAUAAACAGCUUCUGGAGAAAAGGGGAGCAUUUUCUGAAUUUUUGUUGCACCACCUCCAAGAAGUGUAUGCUGAUGAUGGCUCAGAAGCAGAUUUAAGUGAAAUUAAACAACAACUGGAAUCAACGAUAGGAUCGGAAGAAUUACAACAGAAAUUGUCAAGAACCAGAUCGAGAGUGUCAGAAAGUCAAAGUGAAUCCGGUUCUAUUGUUGAGAGAAGAUCUUUAAAUGGCUCAUUAAAACGACAAUAUUCCACGGACAGCCAACACUCAGGUAGUUACAAACGUAGUAACAGUGUAAGUGAAAAAUUGACACAACCGAAUGAUAAAUUAAUAGAAGUGGAAAAAACUGAAACGGGAAGUGUCAAAUGGCAAGUGUAUUCUCAUUAUUUCAAAUCCAUUGGAUGGUUCUUAUCGAUAGCGACUAUCAUAAUGAAUGCUAUUUAUCAAGGAUUUAGUAUUGGCUCAAAUUCUUGGCUGAGUGUCUGGUCAAAUGAUAAUUUAACAGAUGAUAACAAUACAUUCGAUAGAGCGAAACAGGAUCUGUAUCUCGGAGUGUAUGGUGGACUUGGUCUUGGUCAGGGCUUGACAACGUUUGCUGGGUCGUUAGUACUGGCAAAAGGAACAAUAUAUGCAUCUGUGCGCCUCUUCGAGUAUAUGUUGCAACGUGUUCUCCACAACCCAAUGACAUUCUUUGACAAAACUCCAACUGGUCGAAUUCUUAGUCGACUCAGUAAAGACACCGAUGUCAUUGAUAACGUUUUACCGACUAUACUACGUUCUUGGAUUAGUUGCCUUUUUUCGGUCACAGCAACUCUAGUGGUUAUAAGUUUCAGCACACCCAUAUUUAUGGCAGUAAUAAUACCGAUAGGUGUAGUCUAUUACUUUGUCCAACGAUUGUAUGUUGCUAGUUCACGACAACUGAAGCGUUUGGAAUCUGUUUCAAGAUCGCCCAUAUAUUCACAUUUCAGUGAGUCAGUAUCUGGAGCACAGAUUAUUAGGGCAUUCGGGGUGCAAGAAAGAUUUAUUCAUGAAUCUGAGAGCAAAGUGGAUUUUAAUCAAGUCUGUUACUACCCUAGCAUAAUCGCAAAUAGGUGGUUGGCGAUACGUUUAGAAAUGGUUGGGAACUUAAUAAUUUUCUUUUCUGCAUUUUUUGCUGUAUUGAGUAGAGAUAGUAUGGAACCCGGUAUGGUUGGUCUAUCUGUCAGUUAUGCUUUACAAGUCACGCAAACAUUAAAUUGGUUGGUAAGAAUGACUUCUGAUGUUGAGACGAAUAUAGUAGCAGUGGAGAGAAUAAAAGAAUAUACGGAAACGCCCCAAGAGGCGCCAUGGAAGAAUCCAAACUUUGCGCUGUCCAAAGAAUGGCCUAUGCAAGGGCACGUUGUGUUCAAAGAUUACAAAGUUCGUUACAGGGAAGGUCUAGACCUUGUACUUCGUGGAUUAUCAUUUUCCGUCAAUGGAGGAGAGAAAGUUGGUAUUGUCGGUAGAACUGGCGCUGGCAAGUCUUCAUUGACGUUGGCAUUAUUCAGAAUAAUAGAAGCAGCCGAGGGACAAAUUUCAAUCGAUGAUGUUGAUAUCGCCAAACUGGGUCUUCAUGAUUUACGAUCUAGACUGACUAUUAUACCUCAAGACCCUAUAUUGUUCUCUGGAAGUUUAAGAAUGAACUUAGAUCCUUUUAAUAAUCAUUCUGACGACGAAAUCUGGAGAGCUUUAGAACAUGCACAUUUGAAGAGUUUUAUCAAAAGUUUGUCAAGUGGUCUUUUACAUGAAGUAACAGAAGGCGGAGAUAACUUAAGUAUAGGUCAACGACAGUUGAUAUGUUUAGCAAGGGCUCUGCUUCGAAAAACAAAAGUACUUAUUCUUGACGAAGCAACAGCUUCAGUUGAUCUCGAAACUGAUGACUUAAUUCAAACGACAAUUAGGCAAGAGUUUAAAGAUUGCACGGUUCUCACAAUAGCCCACAGGUUUAAUACAAUCCUCGACUCCGACAGGGUCAUUGUCCUGGAUAAUGGACGUGUAAUGGAAUACGAUUCUCCGGAAGUCUUACUCCGUAACUCAUCUAGCUUAUUUCAUAAUAUCGCUAAAGAUGCAGGCCUUGUAAAUUAAAUCAAAUUUAUAUCACUAUUGGUAUUGUAUAAGCGAUGCCACUAAUAGAGAAAGUUUUUAAUCUAUGACAACACACUUGAGAGGAAAAGGAGCAUAGUGAUUCACUUGUAUAGAGAACAAUACGAAAUAUGCUUAGGCUUGAAAUGGUCAGAAAGUUUUGUAGGACAACAUUUUUCAAGAUCUUACGACACGUUUAAAAAUUGUCAGACACAGCUCACUUAUAAAGUAGUACGGAUAUCCGUUACUUAAAGUACUGCCAUUUUAGCAGCACGUUCUGUGCUGAAUAGUAUAAGUUUAUAGACUUAUGUGCAGAGAUUUAACACGUUCAAUGUCACAAUUUGCUUUUCUAACUGUUUUCACAGACCACUAUAUUUCCAAUAUUUUAUCCUAUUGAAU